UGAAGCAUCUUCUUUAUAUAAAACUGUCGUAGAUGAUGAUAAGUAUUCAUCAGAUUCAGUCGCAUCAACAGAAUACUCCGUUUUAUACCCAACAAAAUACAUUUUUGGAUACAUCAAAGGAGAAAAUUUCAAGAAAUUUCAUGUCGUUACAGAACACCAAUUCAUCCGAAUCAGUAUAUUCGGGAUCCAGUGUCGAAAUGGUGAAAAUGGAAUUACUCCAUGAAUUGAACAGUAAGUUGGAUUUUAUCAUGAUUCAAAAUCAGCGACUCAUGAAGAAGCUAUAUCCGGAAGAAAUUGCGCUCAAGAGACCUAAUAAUUUUCCAUCUCUCCCACUUCAAUCUGAGGAUGAUUUCGAAAAUUUCGAAAAAUUCUUGCAAAGUGAAAUUAAUUUCAUCAGCACAGUGGAUUUUUUCCAUUCGCUUGUUCUUGAUUGUGUGAUGGAGGGAAAGGCAACAGGAAAAUUAAUGAGACGAUGUAUAUCGAACCGUCUCUCCAAAAUGAUGAGUUGGAGUGGGACCAACAAAACAAAACUUAACUUCCAGAAAUCAAAAUUAAAAGAAGUAAUAUUUUGUUCACUUCUCAAGUUGUAUCCUGGUAGUAAACUCUUAGAAGCCGAGGCUACUAUGAAAAGAUGGUUAAACACGAAUGCACAGCGCUUGGUCAUCGAUUAAUUCUUCGUGUUUUUUUAAAAUAUUUGCGAUUAUGCUUACAGCUUUAUUUUUAAUCAAUAAUUUUGUGAUAUUUGUAAAUUUAAGAUUUUAUUUAUACAAU